GCCCAGUGCCGCGCUCAUUUUCGUUCGAGCAGUGGGGCACUGAAGUUAUCCGAAUCCGAUUCGCUGCGCUGCCAGAGCACACACUCGCAAACGUAUAUGUAUCAGUUCGCUGGAAUCACUAUACAUAUGCGUAUACAGUGUGUGAUUUCGCUGUGUAAACAAGAGUCGCGAAUCCAGAAUUCUCCUCGUAUAUAUAUGCUAUAGCGAUCGAAAAAUCACACGGAGUGCUUGGUGGUGCGCCUGAAAACCCCGUGAGUCAUCGCGACGUGGCCCCAGCAGAUAAUUUCCCGUGCGCCGCGACAUCGGGGAAGUACCUAAAACGAAUGGUCAGCAGAGGCAAUCGGAUCGGCGCAGCUCGUUUCGAUCAUUAGUGUUUCGCUCGGCGAAGGCAGCGGUUCAGCUUUGAGUUGUUGGCUUCGAGCUAAGACGCAAUUAACCGGAAAUAUACACAGACAUUGGAGUGUACGAACAUGAAUCAGUACUACGACCUGGACAAGGGCAAGAAUGUGCUGUUCCUGAACGAUGCCUCCAGCACCAGUGGAUACAGCAGUGGCAACUCCCCCAACUCCACCACCCAGUCCCUGUCGCCCGCCCACUCACCCGAAACGAUGGCCCUGCAAACGGACUUCGCCAACCUCAACUUGCCCGCCGGCAACUCACCACAGCAGCCGCCGCUGGCGAACUCACCAUACCAGCAUCAGCUGUUAACCAACGGCGCCCUCUGCCAAUUGGAUGCGAGUAAUUUGCUAAAUUCCGCUGGCGUUGGCGUUGCAAAUGCCACCAGUUUCGGCAACAUGUACAUGGACCACCAGUACUACGUGCCCGUCCCGCCUGCGGCAGUGCCUCCGGGCCAGCACUUUGGCUACCAUCAGAACGGCCUGGCAUCUGGCGGCGUGGGCAAACACGUGCCGCAGCUGAAGAUCGUGGAGCAGCCGGUGGAGAAGUUCCGGUUUCGGUACAAGAGCGAGAUGCACGGCACCCACGGAUCCCUCAACGGGGCCAAUUCGAAGAGGACGCCGAAGACCUUCCCGGAGGUCACGCUGUGCAACUACGACGGACCCGCCGUCAUCCGGUGCAGCCUGUUCCAGACCAACCUGGACAGCCCCCACUCGCAUCAGCUGGUCGUGCGCAAGGACGAGCGCGAUGUGUGCGAUCCGCACGAUCUGCACGUGAGCAAGGAUCGCGGCUACGUGGCCCAGUUCAUCAACAUGGGCAUCAUACACACCGCCAAGAAGUACAUCUUCGAGGAGCUCUGCAAGAAAAAGCAGGACCGCCUGGUCUUCCAGAUGAACCGGCGCGAGCUGUCCACCAAGCAGCUGCAGGAGCUGCACCAGGAGACGGAGCGGGAGGCCAAGGACAUGAACCUGAACCAGGUGCGCCUCUGCUUCGAGGCCUUCAAGAUCGAGGACAAUGGCACUUGGGUUCAACUUGCCCCUCCAGUGUACAGUAAUGCGAUCAACAACCGGAAGUCGGCUCAGACCGGAGAGCUGCGCAUCGUCCGGCUGAGCAAGCCCACGGGCGGAGUGAUGGGCAACGACGAGCUCAUCCUGCUGGUGGAGAAGGUCAGCAAGAAGAACAUCAAGGUGCGGUUCUUCGAGGAGGACGAGGACGGGGAGACCGUGUGGGAGGCAUAUGCCAAGUUCCGGGAAUCGGAUGUCCACCACCAGUAUGCCAUUGUGUGCCAGACGCCUGCGUACAAAGAUAAGGACGUGGACCGCGAGGUGAACGUGUCCAUUGAGCUGAUUCGUCCCUCCGACGAUGAGCGGUCCUUCCCGCCGCUGCCCUUCCGCUACAAGCCGCGGGACGCGAUUGUGUCCAGGAAACGGCGUCGCACUUGCUCUUCGGCCAACAGCAGCAGUUCCGGUAACGCUAGCUCCAACAAUUCCCUGGAUCUGCCCAAGACCCUGGCCAUGGCUCAGCCACCGAACGGCUUGCCCAACUUUUCGCAACAUGAUCAGACAAUAAGUCAGGAGUUUGGGCGCGAAAUGCAUCUGGAUGAUUUGAUCAAUUCCGAAAAUUUCCGCAAACUCAUUGAAAACAACUCCAACGACCUGGAGAAGAUCUGCCAGCUGGACAUGGGGGAGUUGCAGAACGAUGGCCAUGGGCGAUCGGAAAUGGCAUCGAGCCGAAAUCUCACCUCAAAGUACUUGGCAGCUAUAUUCAAAAUCUUCGAUCAGGAGCGGAGAACGCCGGCGGAAUCCUCGCGCCGUCAGGUGGAGGAGCUGUUCACAGAUCACGCCCUGAAGAACGAGAACAACGAUACGCUGCUGCACGAGGUGAUCAGCUACAAAAAGGACAACCUGAAGUUGGCCUUCAAAACGAUACAGGUGCUGAACUUCUUUAAGCUCAGGGAGCUGGCCAAUAGCGCAUUGAACGCGGACGGCGACAGUGCGCUGCAUGUGGCCUGCCAGCAGGAUCGGUCACACUACAUUCGCCCUCUGAUGGGCCUGGGCUGUAGUCCGAAUCAACAGAAUCAUGCUGGAAACACCGCAUUGCAUUUGGCCGUCAUCGAGGAAAACCUGAACUGCGUGGAGAGCUUCCUAAAGGGGACGCCCGCAAUUGGUUCUCUCACUGAGGAAUUGGAUCUCUCACUGAAGAACGACGAUGGGCUGACACCCCUGCACAUGGCCAUCCGGCAGAACAAGUACGAUGUGGCCAAGAAACUGAUCAGCCACGACAGGAGUUCGAUAAGAGUGGCCAACACAAUGGAUGGAAACAAUGCGCUUCACAUGGCCGUUCUGGAGCAAAGUGUGGAGCUGCUGGUGCUGAUCCUGGACGCCCAGAACGAGAACCUCACCGACAUCCUGCAGGCGCGGAACGCUGCCGGCUAUACCCCCUUGGAAUUGGCCAGGCACAAGGCCAAUGAGCGGGUGGUGCAGCUGCUGGAAAAUGUGUACCCGGAGAAGGUUCAAAUGGCCAUGACCUGGAUUCCACGCAAAGUCAAAGAGGAGAUCGAUUCAUCCUCGGACGAGAGCAGUGAAGCCGGACAGCUGGAGAUCAAGUCCGAGGAGAUGGAGAUCAAAACAGAGGAUGAGGGCUCUGCCGAGUUGGAUUUAAGCAGCGGUCGGCGGAGACAGGAGGAAGAAACCAAGGGUGACAUCGAAAUGGAUCUUGAUCCGCGAAACAAACUGCAGCUGCUGCUCAGGAACAAAACCAUCUUUGACCAGCUGUGUUCGCUCCUGAACAAACCCUUUGGCAAUGGGCCCGAUGCCCAGCCAAAGUGGAAGCAGCUGGUCAGCCAAUCCCAUCUGGAACAGUUCGCCUUCAUGUGGCUGGAUGCCGGCGGCCUGUUGGAAUACAUCAAGGACAACGGCGACAGCGUGGAGCUUCCAACAUUCACUCGCGCCCUGCAGACAAUCGAUCCCCAGGCGUACGCCCUGCUGGAACGAGAAUUACGUUAGACCCUAGGUUACUCCUCCCAUGUAAAACCCAUCCCCUCUCAGAGAAGAUUAAGCUUGAUUUUGUAUUGAAGAUGUUGAUCAAUAAAGUACCUUAGUUUUAUAACUAA